CUGGUGUUUACGCGUUCUUUCGUAUCCUUGCACAAAGACCGUACUGUAGCGAUCGGCUGCAGCUGCAAGGUGCGUACUAAUCAUCCAAGAAUUGCAUUUAUUUUACAAAUAAAGAUAUGAAGAGACAGUAUCACCUCUGAGGUGACUUGCCAUGUCACAGAGACCAAAAAGGAAAACUGCUAUGAUGACUGCUGAGGUUGUGCCUGGUCCGUCAAGUGCGAUCGAGAGAAGUAUAAAGGAGGCUACUACAUCACUUGAAAUGGAAGAGAAGGAGGACGCAAGUCCAGACAAAAAGAUAAAAUUAUCAGCAGAAGAGGACUCAAAUGAAGAGAAAAAACAAGAAGAAAUCCAAGCAUACAUGGAUGAGACUUUCGAUAUAAGACGUUCUUUUAUUACCGUAGAAAUGCCCUCUGCAUUAGCAGUGAAGCAGACUUAUCCACAGUUGUUUACAGGAAGACAAAUGUUGGCAGAGUUUCAGCGGAUUACAAAUCUCGAUAUUGAUCAUUUGAUUCAGGAGUACUGUGUAAAAUAUGCUAACAAUAUUAUUGGUAUUUCAAAGUAUAUUCAUGGAGCAAGUAUCAUUCUCCGUCAAGCUGACGAAAUUAAACAGCAAAACGCAGCAUUGAAACAAUACUGGGACAUGGUUACGGCUUUAUCACUUAUUCCUAUGCUUUUGAAAGAAAAUUUUGUUGAAAUGGUGGUUGAAAUCACUGAUGAUCAACAAGUUAAUCCAAAAGGAAAAAUCGUCCCUAUUCUAAUAUCUAAGGGUACCAUUUUUAGAAGUGAUGAAUUUUUCCUAGUCAUUGAAGAAGAAAUCGUCCAAGAAUUUGAAGAAUUCACAAUAGCUUUUGCUACUUUGUUUGCAGCAUACUGGGUUUUCAACAUGCAGUACCCUAAAACAUUGAACAAUGCCUAUAAUUUUAUUCAAAAGGCAAUCAUACACCUGAAGGAUGGAACACCAAUACCUCCACCUUGUAAACAACUAGUUCAAAGGUUGCAAAAAAUGGAAGCAGCAGAAAGUGUAAAGCAAAAGAAAAAGUGAAUCAAGUGAAAUCCUCUGUAAAUUGUGCCAUAUAUAGUAUGCUUUUUGUCUACGACAUCAUGAAGAAUCUCAAAAUCAAAAGGCUUGACUAGAAUAUCUUACAAAUAGUAUUUUCAAGAAAGAAAUUAACAAUAUUACUCAAAUCAUAUAAUUUUGUUUAGCAGUAUAAUUGACAAAACUUUACUACUGAUUUUUAAAAGAUUCAUUUUUUGUUCUGUAUCUGCAUGUUUAAAGAGAAAUAAUGUCUGAUUCAGUGCUUUGUUUUUUUUAACCAAGUUGCAUAAACAUAAAGGGAGAUAAUGUAACAAUUAUCUCCCUUAGGUAAGGGGGCUUGUUAAAUGACAAAAUGAGGUUUUGUAUCUUACAGUUGAAUAUGUGCACAACAAGUUUGUAAGUAUUUUGACCAAUAUAUUAUCAGUGUUUGAUAAAACUUUCAUGUUUUUUUUAUAAUUUUCUUCAUAUCCAUUUUUCUCUAUAUUCAUUCAUUAUCAUGAUUAUAAUCACCAUGAUUCCUGAAAAGGUUGAAUUGUGUUUUAAUGGAAAUUUUUGUCAUCACACAAUAUUUACAGCUUCCUACACACUAGAGAGAAUUAACCAUUUGUGUUGCAUACAUGUAUCACUUCUCGAAAAUUUGAUAUACCUUGAUUUUAUAAAGGUGUCAUUUUUUUUGGAAAGUAUUAUAUUUUGUGUUAUCAUGCUGUUGUGAAUGUGAUUGUAAGUAAAAAUGUCAGUUUAAUUUUUAUUCAGGCAUGACAGGCUGUAUAGUCAAUGAGAGUUAUUGCCCUUACUUGGCUUUUUUGUCCUCUUUCAUUGAUAUCAAAGAUCCAUUUUAAAUAGACUUAAAUAUUUUAAAAAAAUGUUGAUACUUAAAUUUUUAAACAUUCAUUUCACCUAAAAUUGGAACCUUUACUGUAAAUUUUACAAUCAGAAAACAAGGGUAUCUAUUGGGACCAUAUAUGGUCCUUGAAGAUCUCUAAAAGUGAAGAAAUGGCUGUUUGUGUUAACAUGGUUAUAAAUAGAAAUUUUCAGAAAUUAAAUUAAGAAAAGUUCUGAGCAAUUAGCUGGUUUUGAUUUGAGUUUCAUUCCUGUUUAGAACAGUUUUCAGCACCCCCAUAACAGUAUCUGAUAAAUUUGUUUGAUGUUUUUUUUAAAUAAUAUAUAUCUAGGGGAAAACAGAAAAAAGGUGAAAUGGGCUUUUACAGGCUUCAUGGAGCCUCCAGUUUACUUUGACAUCAGAUUUUUUUUUUUACACUGACUAUGGUACUGGAAACUUUGAUAGUAUUGUUAUUUUAUAGAAAAAAAUAGUCACACAGAUAGUUAUUUUGCUUUGUGAUUUUGUUUAAGAAUAUACCAUACUCUUCUCUUUGUUGCUAUAUUGAUUACUGUUGUGAUAAAUGACUGAAACUUCAUGUGGCUCUAAAACAGAUAUGAUGGUUACAAUAUGAUUUUUAUUCACUUUCCCAAUAACAUCAUUACAUCCAUUUUAUAGUUGCAGACAAAUGCGAAACAGGGGUUAAAAGGACUGAAAUAAGGUCAUUUGACAUACAUGUACAUGUCAUAAGGCAGGUUUUGGGAAAUAAAUAAUUUCCUCUCUAUACCUUUACAAUAAAGCCCACCUUCAAUCAAACAGGCCCUGUCAAGUGACCUACACAUAGAUCAAGUGCACCCUUAACCUUUUUAUUACUGUGGAUUCAUUUAUUUUCAUGGUUUGAGGAAAACUUGAAUAUUCGUUGAUAUUUAAUUUCAUGGUUUUGACACAGUAUGCAUAUAUGUAUUCCUUUAGAAAAUUUGCAAUUCGUUGAAUAUUUAAAUUUGUGGUUUCCCACUUCCCAUGAAAUCCACGACAUUGGUAUCCAACGAAUAAUAAUGAAUCCACAGUAUACUAAAGGAUUGAGCUUGAAUAUCCCUAUUUAUAACAGUAACUUGAUUUGUUAUAUACAACCUUUGUUAGUAUGAGAGAUGAUAACAUAAAUAGUAUGAACUAUAUUUGUUGCAGAGGUGUAGUAACUCCACUUUACUACUGUGGAUUCCUUAAUAUUCGUUGGAUACCAGUUUUCGUGUUUUCGUGGGUACAGGUAAACCACUAACUAAACUGUUCAACGAAUAACAAAUUUUGUAUCAGGUUGAUGCAGACUUUGGUAAAACCAUGAAAUCAAGUAUCAGCGAAAAGACAAGUUUUCUGCAUUCCUCGAAAAUUGGUACCCACGAAAAAUAAAUGAAUCCACAGUACAUACAUAAGCUAUGCUGGAUAGAAAUUUAUCUUAUGCAAAUAAAUAUCAAUACAUCUGUCAACCUUUAAUAGGUUGAAAAAAAAAUCUCAUUGGAAAGUUUAUCUGUUAUACGAAAAUCUACAAAACAGACCAAAUUUAUCUUAUAUUUUAUAUAUGAAGGUCCCAAAAUGAACCAGUCUUGUAUACGUAAUGGGGCACUUGCAUGAGGUUGAUGUCUCCAAUGCAGCUUGCAUGUUAAGAGCAUACUCCUUAUAUUUACAUAAUAUUUCAAAACAAUAAUUACCUUUUCAUGUCUUCUAUGUUAAAUAAGUUCUCUUAAUUGCAUAGGUCAAUUCAAUAAUUGAUAAUGUUGUAUUUGAGGGAAACAAUACAGCUAUUUUUGUUAUUUAACAAAUAAGUAAGAGGGACAUCAGAACAUCCCAAUUAGUGUUUUUAUAGGUGUCAUAAGUAUUUUGUUUUUUGUAACAAUAGUGUGUCCUAACAUCAUUUGGAUCUACAUCAAAGAUUCUUCAUAAGUAUCUCAAGUGUGUGUGUUUUUAGCAAUUUUGGUCAGGAUAUACAUAAAAAUAUUGGCUAAAAUACAAAAAAGAAGGAUUUUUUUUGGGUACAUGUAUAUGAAUAUAUUUGUUAAUUGCUUAAUUUUCUCUGGGAUUUUGCCUAUGCAAUUAAGAGGAAUUCACUGAAGUUAAAAGUGAUGUGUACAUUUUAAUCAUGUCAACUUACUGCCAAAAUUGUUUCACCAUUUGAUAAGAAAAGAAAAUAUUUUUGAAUUUCCAACCUUAACAAUAUUGCUUUGGACUCUUGUUUAUUUUUAGUUGUGAAACUUUCUAUUUCAAGAGGUUUAUACAUACUGUACAAAGAUAAGUAUAUACAUACUAAUGUAAUAUUUGGAAUUUGUUAUUGUUUGUUAAGAAAUUGUAUUAGUUUUUAGGUUGUAUUAUAUAUUGACAGGUAGUCUGUAACUUGUUGUCUCACUUUUAUUUUUUUUAAACCAAAGAUUUAAAUUUUUAAUAUAGAUUUGUUUUCAAUGAAUUCGUCUUUUGUGGGUCUAUUUGUCUUGUUACACAUGUAAGGUUUUCAAAAUGACAAAAUUACUGUAAAAGUUCAUAAAGAAGAUAUUUAACAUUUCAGGUGAAAUUUCUGUCUACUUAAAAAAAAAAAAAUUUAUAUUAUUUCUGGUUUAUCACUUUCCUGGGAAAUGUCUUACUCUUAUGUGGUCCUUCUUCAUUGUAUGUAGAUUAUUGUUUCAGUUGAAUUGAGCAUUCUAAUUCCAACAUCCAGGGAUAUUUAUUUUUAUGUUUUAGUCAUUUGCUUUUCACAUUUUUGUGAAUUACUCAUUGUCUUAGAUACAUAAUAUAUGCUUGUAAUAAUAUCGCUUUCAAAAUUUCAUGAACAAAUAGUACAAUAUAUAUUAAAAUGACAUUUUGUCUGUUCUAGUGACAAAAUAUGUGUAACUUUGAAAUCCCGAGAUUUUUUUUAUCUUAUGUUAUUUAUCGUAUACAAUGUAACUUUGAAGAAUUAUGUUUUUGUUUAUAAAACAUCAUCUUCAACCUAGUCCAUUUAUUGUUUGGUUGCAAACUCAACAAUUUUCAUUGCUCCUACUGUCCUACACCCAUUACAUUUCUUAUAUGAUGAACUUUUGGUAUUAUUCAUUUAAGUCAUUACUAUAUAAUCAAAGCAAUCAUCAGUCAGGAUGUAAAAAAUUACUUGAUUUUCAUAGUUGUACGGAUUAGCUUUUGCUAUAUUUUUAAGUUUUUGCUGUAGUCACAAUUAAUUUAAAAUCAACCUACUAGUAACCCACAACAAAACCACUGUCCUAUAUUUUUAGAUUAAGAGUUGAUUUUAUAUCAUUUUAUAUAGUUUAAGCUUAUGUUUUUUUUUAUGGGUUUUCCAUCUUUGGCUGUUUUCUUGUGCAUUCAAAUGGUAUCUGUUAAUCAUGAUUAUGUGGUCUUUCUUGUACAUUGGUAUGAAAUCAUACUCUGGCUGAAAAACUAAUAAAUCAGCAGCUUGUAUGCUAGCUUUGGAUAACAUAUUGCUAACAGUAUUGAUAAUAAACAAUUAUUUGAUGAAUGUUAUUUUGGUCAAUUUUACUUGUACAACUCCAGAUUUAUAGUUCUGUAUAUUCCAAAAAAGAAGAUAGGCAUUAUGUCGUUUCAUUAGGAUGAUAAACAGCUACAAAAUUCAUGAAAAAGUGGUCUUCUUUGUUUACUCCCUGGUCGUGAAGACCUUAUGUAAAUGAUGAAAGGGAUUUAAAUUCAAGUAGUAAUCAAUUCAUUUAAAACAUUCAAAAUUAAAUGUAAAGUUUUGGUUCAAUCAAAUACAAAUGUGCAUUCUUUGAGUUUAUGUCAUUCGUUUAUGCAAAUUUAUUACAAAAGUGAAGUGGGGGUACCAUAAAAGAUUGAGUCAUCAAAUUCAUGAUGUAAAAUACAAAUAACCUUGAUAGUAAUAUUAAAGGUUGUCAUAAAAUUCUCAUUUCUGUUAUGCCUUGUCCAUAGAGCAGGUUUACAUAAUUUUCUGUUGAUUCAUAUAUCCUGUCUUAUCUAUUCCAAGGAUAAACUGUCCUGUUUAAAAAAAAAAAAACUAUGUUAAUCUAUUGAUUAAACAUAAUAUUUGUAUUUUGUAAACUUAUAUAACAGUGGAAGGCAUUAUAAACAGACUUACAAUGCAACCAUAUUGGUCACAUUAUUUUUACAAAUUAGAGUUUUGACCCCCAAUUUCACGGUCAACUGAACAUAGAAAUUGAUAGUGCUAGUUAAGCAUCCAUGUGCUAUGUACACAUUUUUGUUUAUAAUACUUUUUAUUCUGGCAUUGUUUAUUAUACAAUACUCACUAUACAUGUACAAAAAUACUUUCAAUAAUUUCUAAAAAUACAGCAUUUUUAACAUCAGUAUCAUUUUGUUUCAAACGCACCCUAGUAAAUAAGUGCCUACUGUUGGUGUCAUAUAAACAAUAAAACCAUAUUUUUAUUUGUUUUGUUACUGUAUAUUAAUUAAGUUUUGUACUAAAACUGUACAUUGGUGCUAUUUUAUGACCAUAUAGUUUAAGUAUGUUGUUUAUGAUUAUUUUUAUUAAUCCAUUUUUUUAAUCAAAUAUUUGUUUACGUUUUUACAAUCUAAUUAAAAUGAAAUCUCUGUACUUGCUCAUUUUUUCCUUGCAGCAACUACUAGGCAUAAAUAGUGAGCUAGUGUGGAGAUAUAAUUUAAAUUUGAUUGAUGUUUUUAUCACUUUGUGUACUUUUUUAUUUAAGAUGCACAGAAGCAUCACUUAUAGUUAAAAUGACAAACUUUCAUGGCAAAAUUUAAAAACAUAAAUGCUGUAUAUUUUUCAAAAAUUGUAUAACCAUACAACCAUAAUUAUCUGAUUUAAAUUGUAAAGUUCUGUCUCAUUUUAUCCCAGUGAUCAAGUUAAUUCAAAAAAAUAAAUCCCAUGUAACACAUGUGUUCUAAAUAGCUGAAAAGGGAAUACUACUUCCAAUUAUUGUGCUUCUGAUUUUCUUAACAACCUUAAAUAGCAUAAUUAAGGAUUUGUAUAGUAAGACUUACUAUACGAAUCCUUGGUAUAAUUCAUUGCUGAAUUCACAAUUUCAGAAUGGAGUGCAUUCUGGGAAAUUUUCAAAGAAGAGACACCAAAAUGUUUUUGAACUCAACACAUUUGCAUGAAAUUAUUUUCAUUAUGGGUUCGAACAAAGUAAUUACCCAUAAUCCUUUAUUGAAUUGUAUGAAUAUCCAAUGUGUUUAAUUUUAACAAAAUCUUAUUUCAGAGAUGCUGUUUCAAAUAUUUUCAAAUUAGUUCAAAACCCUUUAAUUUUUAAUUUUAUGCACAAUUUACAUGUUAUUUGUGAUAAACCAACUAAAGAGCUAUUCAAAAAGACCACAUUGAAAUCUAUAAUUUGUUUAAAGCAUAGAAAUAAAUGUCUCUGAUUUAAGCUUCUUAAUAAAUAAACAUAUUUAAAUUCCACCUACAAAUCUAUAGAAAAUUCAUUAAAAGGUUAAGUUCAGAAGUAAAUACUACUUUAGAAAAAAAAUUCAUGCAUGAUUUAUCAGUUUCCUGGUGGAAUAUUUACAUCAGUUUCAGUUUUAUAUAAAAUCUACAAAGCCUUCUGUGUUCAUAUAUACUUAUUUUUGAUUUGAAGAAGAAAGAGAUUUUUAUCAUAGUUUGAAUUUCAUCCUUAUUGUUUCUUGUCAGAGGGCAAAGCAAAGAUGCAUAAUAAAAACCAAUGUUAUAGUUCAAAUAUUUUCAUUUCAUAAUGUUUAUAUGAUUUUUGUGUAAAUGUUGUCAAAACAAUGCCACUUUUUAUCUUCCUGACAGAUGUUAUUUAUUUAUUUUAUCGUUCAAAACUUUCAAACUGAAAAACAGCAAUAAAAAACAGUUCCUUUUGGUUAUAACCUAAUAUUUCAUUAGAUUUUUCUCACUAAAACUUUUGAAAAUUCUUUUUUUUUUAAAUAAUUAAAAGUCCAGCUUUUUCUGGUCUUUUAUUUAAAUAUUUUUUAUCUGCUGUCCCCCAUACACAUUAUUGCAAUAAAUAUGCUUACUUAUAACAGAAAUAAAAUAUCUCAUAAAGAUAAGGUUAUGUAAACCUUUUCAACUAUUAUUUUACAAUGUCUAUUUUUACGUUUACUAUGUCACAUUGGUGCUUUUGUUCAGUGUUGUUUAUUUUUUUUAUAAUUUGUUGUGUAUAAGUUUUAGUUAUAGAAUAAAGAAGUUGUCAGU